AUGUAUGUGGUUAAACGAGAUGGGCGUCAAGAAGCAGUUCAUUUCGACAAGAUCACUGCCCGUUUAAAGAAACUCAGUUAUGGCCUCAGCAUCGAUCAUUGUGAUCCAGUUCUGGUGUCCCAAAAAGUCUGUGCUGGCGUUUACAAGGGUGUUACUACUAGCCAGCUUGAUGAAUUGGCCGCCGAAACCGCCGCUGCUAUGACCGCUAAUCAUCCUGACUAUGCCUCUUUGGCUGCAAGAAUUGCUGUUUCAAAUCUGCACAAGAACACUAAAAAGUUAUUCUCAGAGACUAUUAGAGACAUGUACAACCAUGUCAGUGAAAGAUCAGGACAGAAGGCUGCUCUCAUAGCUGAUGAUGUUUACGAAGUGAUCAUGAAGAAUGCUGCGCGUUUGGAUAGUGAGAUCAUAUAUGACCGUGACUUUGAUUAUGAUUUCUUUGGCUUCAAAACUCUGGAAAGGUCAUACCUCCUGAAGGUUCAGGGGAAGGUUGUGGAGAGGCCUCAACACAUGUUAAUGAGGGUUGCUGUUGGUAUUCAUAAGGAUGAUAUUGAUUCUGCUAUUAAAACUUACCACACCAUGUCUCAACGUUGGUUUACUCAUGCUUCUCCCACCCUUUUUAACUCUGGAACACCAAGGCCUCAACUUAGCAGCUGCUUCCUUGUAUGCAUGAAGGAUGAUAGUAUAGAAGGUAUAUAUGAUACUUUAAAGGAGUGUGCUGUCAUUAGCAAAUCAGCUGGUGGUAUUGGUGUUUCCAUCCACAAUAUUCGUGCCAUGGGCAGUUACAUUCGUGGAACAAAUGGGACAUCUAAUGGGAUUGUGCCUAUGUUGCGGGUUUUCAAUGAUACUGCUCGAUAUGUUGAUCAAGGAGGAGGCAAGCGGAAGGGUGCUUUUGCUGUAUACUUGGAGCCAUGGCAUGCUGAUAUAUUUGAGUAUUUGGAACUUAGAUUAAACCAUGGAAAAGAGGAGCAUCGUGCUCGUGAUCUUUUUUAUGCACUUUGGGUUCCUGAUCUGUUCAUGGAAAGAGUCCAAAGUAAUGGAGAAUGGUCAUUGUUUUGUCCAAAUGAGGCCCCAGGUUUGGCUGACUGUUGGGGUGAGGAAUUUGAGAAGCUAUACAUUGGAUAUGAACGGCAGGGAAAGGCUAGGAAGGUUGUUAAGGCACAAACUCUCUGGUUUGAAAUCUUAAAAUCACAGAUUGAGACUGGAAACCCAUACAUGCUAUUUAAGGAUACUUGUAACCGGAAAAGCAACCAACAGAAUCUUGGGACAAUUAAAUCCUCUAAUUUAUGUACAGAGAUUAUUGAAUAUUCAAGCCCUGAAGAGACAGCUGUGUGUAAUUUGUCCUCAAUUGCUCUACCUCGUUUUGUUAGAGAAAAGGGUGUUUUGCUCGAGUCUCACCCAUCUAAGCUUGUUGGUAGCAGAGAUUCCAAGAAUCGAUAUUUUGAUUUUGACAAGUUAGCGGAGAUAACUGCUCUUGUGACAACAAAUUUGAACAAGAUAAUUGAUGUCAACUACUAUCCUGUUGAGACUGCAAAAAGGUCAAAUCUAAGACACAGACCUAUUGGUAUAGGGGUUCAAGGUCUUGCAGAUACCUUCAUUUUGCUUGGCAUGUCGUUUGAUUCACCUGAGGCCCAACAAUUGAACAAGGAUAUAUUUGAGGCCAUAUACUACAAUGCUCUUAAAGCUUCUUGUGAGCUUGCUGCAGUGCAGGGCCCCUAUGAAACGUAUGCUGGCAGUCCUAUUAGUAAGGGAGUUCUUCAACCUGACAUGUGGGGGGUAACACCUUCAAAGCGAUGGGAUUGGGAUGGCCUUAGAGAUCAGAUAGCUAAAUAUGGUGUUAGAAAUUCACUUCUUGUGGCUCCAAUGCCAACAGCUUCUACCAGCCAGAUUCUUGGAAACAAUGAGUGCUUUGAGCCAUACACUUCUAACAUCUACAAUCGUAGAGUUCUAAGUGGUGAAUUUGUUGUUGUGAACAAGCAUCUCUUGCACGACUUAACAGAGAUGGGUUUAUGGUCUCCUGCAUUGAAGAAUAAGAUUAUAUAUGAAAAUGGCUCUGUUCAAAACAUUCCAGAGAUCCCUGAUGAUCUAAGAGCUAUUUAUAAAACUGUUUGGGAAAUCAAGCAAAAGACAUUAGUUGAUAUGGCUGUUGAUCGAGGAUGCUACAUUGACCAAAGUCAGAGCCUCAAUAUCCACAUGGACCAACCAAAUUUUGGAAAACUUACUUCCUUGCACUUCUAUGCGUGGUCAAAGGGUUUAAAAACAGGAAUGUACUAUCUACGAUGCAAAGCUGCAGUUGAUGCGAUCAAAUUUACAGUUGAUACGUCAAUGCUGAAGGAAAAAUCUAAUAAUGAAGAUGAUAGUACAAAAAUGGCACAGAUGGUAUGUUCUCUAACAAAUCGUGAAGAGUGCAUGGCCUGUGGAAGUUAGACAUGGCUUUAUAUAUUUGUUCUGGAGAAAAACCUCUUGCUCCAAAGGGAUUACUGAAUUUUUAUACAUAAAUUUCUAGCUAUCUAUAAUAUAAAGUAAAAUUUCUGUACAGUUUUAGUUUUAGUUUUUAGGUUUUUUUUUAAAAAAGUGUUUCCCCCUUUUUUGGGUUUGCUGUUUGUAAUCCAUUUACCAUGGGUUUGACAUUGGAAGUGAAUAUGACUAAACAACUUUGCUUCUUACUA